CUCAAUGACUGAAUAAUUCUAAUGUGAAGUACAGCAAUAGUCCAGCUCUCCAGGUGAACCUGGCAUAGGAGUAGAACAUGAUCUUGGCUGCGAUGCCUGCCCACCAAUUUUAUUGAUAUUAUUUCUGCCGUGGAAUCAACGGCAGGACCAUGGAAUCCAAGACGGCACCCCCACCCAAAUCAGUGUUCCUGCUGCUACCUCAGAAGGUUUUCAAUGUUCGGUCUGGAAUAAAAACAACUGCUUUUCCCAAAAAAACAGGGGUAGAACACUUCCUUGCUACAGAAAUGAGGAUCAUGGGGGCAAUUCAGGUCCUCUUUGGUCUGAUGAACUUCUGCUUUGGGGCAGUCUUCAUUUUCACCCACGUCUCUCCAUAUCCACGCUUUCCUUUCAUCUUUAUCACAGGGUAUCCAUUCUGGGGAUCAGCAUUUUUCAUUAAUUCAGGAUCCCUUUUAAUCGCAUUUGAAAGGAGAACCACAAAACUUCUUGGACAAAUCAGUCUGGUUGCGAACACGUUUAGUUCUGUGGUUGCCAUAGCUGGGAUAGUUCUUCUCUCAUUUAGCCUCGUUCUGGAUAAUCACUACCUGUGUGGCUAUGUUGGUGGAGGGGACCUUUGUGAAGGAAUCACUGUCAUUUUAACUGGGAUUUUGGGUAUGAUGAUGGUCUUCGCUGUCCUUGAGCUCCUCAUUUCUCUGUCUUACUCAAUGUUCAGGCACAACUUGACCUGUGCUGAAUCUGAGAAUUGGUUUUCAAUAGAAGUGUGAAAAUAA